AUGAACGCCACCGUAGCAUCAGAAUACUCAGCCGAGGUCCACUCGGUUCCCAUCGAGCACAGAUUCAAUCCAUACUCGGACAAUGGUGGUACAGUGUUAGGAAUUGCCGGAGAAGAUUUUGCCGUGUUGGCAGGUGACACCAGACAAGUAGUCGGCUACUCAAUUAACUCCAGAUAUGAACCUAAGAUCUUCGACGUGGGCGAUGACAUAGUGAUGACGGCAAACGGCUUUGCUGCUGACGGAGCAGCGCUCAUAGAUCGUUUCAGAAACCAAUUGAAGUGGUACAAGUUUGACCAUGGGGGCAAGAAGUUGUCGAUAAAGAGUGCUGCCAGAUAUAUCCAGCAUUUGUUGUACGGCAAGAGAUUCUUCCCCUACUACGUCAGCACGUUGAUCGCUGGGUUGGACGACGAGGGUAAGGGUGCGGUGUAUUCAUACGAUCCGGUUGGCUCCUACGAAAGAGAGCAGUGCAGAGCUGGAGGUGCUGCAGCCAGUUUGAUCAUGCCUUUCUUGGACAACCAGGUCAACUUCAAGAACCAGUACGAGCCAGGCACUGACGGAAAGAAAAAGAAGGAAUUGAGGUACUUGACGUUGCCGGAGGUGUUGGACUUGGUCAAGGAUGCCUUUUCCUCGGCCACAGAGAGACACAUCCAGGUUGGUGACGGGUUGGAAAUUUUAAUUGUCACCAAGGAGGGGAUCAGAACCGAGUACCACCCCUUGAAGAGAGAUUAG